AUGAAACUCAAAAGACAAGGGGAAUUGAGUUACCUCCUGGGACUAACCGGCGCGAUCACGCUGUCACAAGCAGCGUAUGCCGCAAAGGUCAUGGACGUCACCAAGAGCGGUGAUCGUCGUGUGGGCGAGUCAACCGAGGCAGCAAAGACACGCCUGCAGACGGACAUGGACAAGGCCUAUGGGGUCAUCAUCGAAGGGAUCGAACCGUCCCAGUACCAAUAUGUCGAAGAUGCGGAGACGGUCAUCGCCGCCUACAAGGCCCUCUCAGACCACCAUGAGCCAAAGUCUAAGAUCGACAAGCUUGCCCUAUCAUCCGAGUAUCACUCGAUGAGCUGGUACAUCAAAGAAGAGACCUACCUGAGUUCCUUGAACGGUACGAGGUCGUCUUGCGGAAGUUGA